AUGACUUGUAUGUUGAAUAAAUUUCCUUGUGAAAUUCUUCAUUGUAUUUUUGAUUAUUUUCAUCCUGCUAAUCUUUUCUACUCAUUUGAUCAAAUUAAUCCUGAAAUCGAUGAAAUUCUUCAUUCAUAUCAACGAAUUCGAUUGAAUUUCAAGUUAACCCGUAAAUCUGAAUUUUUAUUUCUUUGUGAAAAUGUCUUGGCUGAACAAAUUCAAUUUUUAUUUCUUUCAAAUCAAUUUGAAACUCCAAAUCAAAUUCAAUCAUUUCUUGCUUUGAUUCCAUUGAUCAAAUGUGUUCAUCUUCAACAUUUAACACUUUCUCAUCUUGAUGAUCCCAAAUUAUUCUGCUUAAUUCUUUCUUAUCUCGAGGAACAUUCUCGACUUCGUUUUUUAGCGAUUAAAAAUUGUUCAUUUGGAUUAAAUCAACGGAUUAGUCGACAAAUCGUAGAUGUUUUGAUCACUUUAUCUUCUUUGAAAUAUUUGACAUUAUUCGAUAGUCGAGGAUUGAAAAAUCUUUGUCAAUCAUUGAUGAAAUUGACUCAUUUAACAAUUGAAUCUUGUGAUACAACAGAUCUCUCGCGAAUUCUUCGAUUUCUACCCAAUUUAACACAUUUCAAUGUUGGUUUCUCGUCUGGACAACUGUCAAUGAUUGAUUAUUUUCCAUCUCAAUUGAAAUCUUUACAAAUCAAAUCAAAAAUUUGGAUUUUAUUUGAAGAUUUAGAAAAUCUUCUUUCACUGGUUCCUUCGCUUCAAUCUUUUCUCUUAGAAACUAAUGGUGAUCAUUCUUUACUCAAUGGACAACGAUGGAAAACAUUAAUAAAGGAAAAAUUACAAAAUUUAAAAGAAUUUCACAUUGAUAUUUCAGUUGACGAAAACACGAUGAGUGGUGAUGAAGUUUUAAAUUUAUUUCAAAAUUCUUUUUGGACCAAUGAAAAACAUUGUGAAAUAGGUUGUCUCAUUUCAACUUCAAGUCAAUCGUGUGUUCGAAUCUUUUCUCUUCCUUAUUUUUCACCUCGUCAUCAUUGGUUUCCAUCAACAAAUUUGGGUUUUUAUGAAUAUUCUUUAUCAUCAUUUCCAUUCGAUCAACAUUACAAAGAAUUGAACGUCUUUGAUUGUUCGCAACACAAUUCAAUUUCUUCACGUUUUCCUCAAAUAGAAACGUUGAUUUUACAAGGUUCAACUCCUCAAAUUGAUGCAUUGAAAUCUAUGGUGAAUCUUUUCUCAGUGAAACAUUUGAAAAUUGAACCAAUCGAUGAUUUAUCUUCUGUAGCAUUCGAUGAAAUUUUCUAUUCAGCACCAAAUCUCAAUAAAUUAACUUUGAAAAGUUCGACUUCACUCAAGCUCAAUGGUUGUCGUCUAUCGGAAAAUGUCAUUUAUGAACAAAUAAAGUGUUUAACAAUAACAAAUAUCGUCGACGGAAAUGAUGUGGAUGAAAUCAGUCGUAUAUUUCCAAAAGUUGAACGAAUUACUUUGUGCGGAAAAGAACGAGAUGAGAUUCUUCCAAUUUUGACUCAACUUCAAUGUUUAGUCAGUGCAAAUAUUCAAUGGUCUCAUCCAAUGAAAACAUCUACAGAAAUCAUAGACAAAUAUUUACAACAGAAUCAAAUUUGUAGUGAUGGAACAUAUUAUUUUCAUUGGAAUCAGUUGUAUGUCUGGAUGGAUUGA